UCCUCAGUAUGUAUAGAAGCUGCAGUAGCUAACGGCCCUCUCUCGGUGAUACACCGCGUCCCAGUGACACCUCCGUCUCUGCUCUCACCAUACCCACUUAACUCAAGUGCCAUGGAGGAAUUAAGUAGUUGACGUUUCCUGUUGCAACCUUCUCUUUUUAAGCUUUCUUCCCGUUCGGUUUACUGACGUUUUGAACUCUCGGCGACUUUCUACGACCUUUAACCAUCCUAAACCAUGAAGUACAUCAUCGGCAUCGGCGGUGUAACAAAUGGAGGGAAAACCACCCUCACCAACAGACUGAUCAAGAACCUGCCCAACUGUUGUGUGGUACAUCAGGAUGACUUCUUCAAGCCCCAAGAUCAGAUUGAAGUUGGUGAAGAUGGCUUUAAGCAGUAUGAUGUCCUUACUGCUCUGGACAUGGACGCCAUGAUGAGUACUAUCUAUGCAUGGUUGGACAACCCAGUGAAGUUUGAGAAGUCUCAUGGCGUCAAUAACACCCUGGAUACUGAGAUCGUCCCAAAGUCUGACCAAAAGGAAGAGGAGACUCACAUCCUUAUUGUGGAGGGCUUUCUGCUUUACACCUACGGACCAUUGAUCGACGUGCUGAACCAACGUUACUUUAUUUCCAUCCCAUAUGAAGAAUGCAAAAAGAGGAGGUGCUCUAGGAACUACACGGUGCCAGACCCCCCCGGCCUAUUCGACGGCCACGUCUGGCCCAUGUAUUUGAAACACAAGAACAUCAUGGAGUCAACAGCUGUUGACGUCUUGCAGCUAGAUGGAACCAAGUCAAAGGAACAACUGUUCAACUUUGUCUACGGCGACAUCCUGAAUAAUAUCCAGAAAUCUCUUUAACAAACAAAGGUCAUACGAUCGGCUAAAAGGAGCAUAUACUCAGCCUGCAAGCAGACCACCGCCUUGCCUUAAGUUUCUACCUGGCAGCUCAGUCAGCUGACUGCUACGAUUUUUUUGUAACUGUUUUAACUGAUGGCAUCAAUGCUGGCGUGUUUUUAUAUCUACCAUAUUUAUUGCUUUGUUACAGCCUACACUCAAAAAAGUGUUAAUGGAUAUGUUCAGAGGAUGGUUGCACUUAUGUCAAUAAAUGUUCAUCCUGCCAAC